AUGGUCGAAUGCCCUAUUUGUCGUAAAAAACUGAACAAAAGAAGUUGCACUGCAUCAGAGCAGCACAAUUCAAUUGUCCAGGGAUAUCUUCAUGUUGGACGUAAUUUCCGGAUAGAUUUAGAAGAACAGUCAUUUUCCAUACCUGAAGAUAUCGCGUACGCCGAAAGCCAAGUACCAGCAACGCACGCUCCGAGUGAUAGUCCGGUACCUUCUCGUUGGGCUCCUGAGUUCACUCUGCCGAAAGCUCGUGGAAAACGAAAGAAGAUUCGUGGUACUCAUGUCGCUUCCAAAAUCCCAAAAAUGGAUAGGAUCGUUGAAGAGAACGUCGGUGAUGAGGGCGAAUCUGUAUCAGUAAAGCAAAUAGGACAGAUUGUAAAAGAACAGAUGUCUGUCGAGUCUAAAGCUUUGACCCACAAUAGCAAUGUGGGUAGUGCUAUAAACUCAACGUCAUCAGUCGGUGUCCAAUGUAACCUUCUUGACUCUGCUUACAGCUGUAAUAUUCGGAACUCACUGCAAUGUCUUCUUGGGAAGUUCGUGUGUUAUCCUAAUUUGCAUGCCAUAUUUGAGUUAACGCCAGAACUGAAAGAGUCGUUGUUAGCUGAGAUGGUUAAUGUACUGCAUGAAUUGUUCAAAUUGCAACCGCCUACGACUUCAGAAAACCAGCAAACAAUAGGUUCUCUAGAGGGGCCAGAACCUUCAACAGAAAUUAUUCCUGAUAGUUUUUCUGAUGUUGACAAUUGUGUUGGGUUAGGAGCUCAGUGUCACGUUCAACAACCAAAAUCGGUUCAAUCGCAUGAUAUGGCACAAGAAGUAAAGUUAUCGCCAUUAGGCCGAGAAUGCUUUGAUUCAAACGAAAUUUACAGUGCUAACGAUGAUAGUUUGAAUAUCACUAUUCAAGUGCCUUUUGAAUCAUGUCCUGAAGAGGUACCCUCUCAUUUUGCCAUCGAAGAAAAGGAAAAUUUAGUUGUUCGUCCUAUGGUUUUCUGUGUUUCGCGGUCCAGUGGCGUAGAAGAUAAGAAUCUCGUCCGCGAGUUCCUUUCGUUGUUUCCCAAUGUUCAGUUCAACGAGGAGCUUGGUUCUUCGUGUACCCACCUCAUUAUGAUGAAUUCUCAAGGGACUGUAUGUAAUCGAAAAUCUUUUGCUUACGUGUACGCUGUGGCUCAUAAAUGUGAAGUUGUUGCUCGUGUUUGGCUGGAAGAAUGCAUUAAAUCUCGACAAUUAUUGCCGACGGCUAAGUAUGGCGUAACGUUUGAGACUACUGGAGAGGACCCUGGUUGGAUCCGAGCAAGACAAACUAGCAAACCUCUAUUUGAUCAGAUGAACUUCUUUCUUCCCCCAUCGUUCUUGGACUCUGAUUUGUUAUCGAAAGAAAGCUUGGUAGAACUCAUCACGACCUGUGGAGGUUCUUGUUUCGAUAAACCAUGGGAAAUUGCUAGUUCUAAGAACAGUUACACCAUUUUUAUGCCUUACUCAAUAGAAGUGGAUGCAGCACGAAGAUAUGAAGCAAGCAUGCAUGGAGUCCCUGUGUUGUUGGCUGACUGGGUUCUUGAUUCAAUUGCUCAGCAUCGCAUUCUGCCAAUAGAUGCUUAUAAAAUUUGUAAAUAA